GCUCCGUCAGUAGCUCCCAGGCAGUGACUCCGCGAGUAACGAUGUAUAAGCCGCUUGUUCUCCUGACUCGCUGUUAUGUCACCGGUGACAAUUCCUCGGGUGCAGGAUACUGAUGCAGAAUCCGGUACGCGUGUCCCACCCGAUCUAGUUUAAAGGAGAGCAGCUCUCGACUGAAAGAAGUAAAGAGUGACUGGUGAAAUAUUUACCCAGGAUGAGUACUGAGUGUAGACGAUACUCUGUUUACCGUUGACGCGCAGAUACACGGAGCCAGUGCGCAGUCCUCUAGUGAUGCCCGACUUUGGCGGACAUCGUCCCGAGUAAACUAGUUGUCCUGGUUUAUCGAGUUACCCUGCUACCAUUUAUACACCGUGAUUAACAGCUUCCCCAUGGGAUGUGGAACUAAUGCCUAUGUUUAAUUAGAACUGCCAUUUAUAGUGGCCAAUCGUGCUUUCACUGAGAAACUAAUACAAGCUACGGAAUCCUCGUAUCCCUUGUCCACCUUCUUUUUGAUUGUCAGAAUUUCACCUGCAGACUCCUGGGGGGUGAUUCGAGACGGGCGUGUCGCGAUCGAUCAGCCACGUUAGCAAAAGUCUGCGACACAUGACGUAAGAACAGUCGUUGCUCGCAGCUACGAGCACGAGAAGCACGAGCCGUGCUUGGCGACUCGUCGAGGCUCGUACUAAACCGAAUCGGUCGUCUUCGGGUAACGUCGUGCAUACUCACGCGAUAGAAACCCGAGAUACUCUUGUGCUAGAAGAAAGAGAAAAUAAAAAGGUCAAAAUCUAAGUGCCAUUUGUACUGACAACGUUGAACCGUGUGGCACGAAGAUGAGGCACUGUGUAUAGUUCUCUGGCGAUAGUGCGAAAAGCGAUUUUUAAGGAGAAUGAUCAAUCAUAAUCGAUCCGGGUGUUAUCGCUGAUCCAGGAUUGGUUCGAAAACCUCGAGGAAGAGGACGAGGGUCACACGUACGGUUGGAUGGAGUGAUGAGCGGGGCCCCUGCUAGGGGCACAACGCCCCGACGUCAAAGACGCCAUCAACGUCAUCAUCAGCAUAAUAAUAAUCAUCAGCGUCAUCAUCACCAUCGUAGACAUCAAAAGGGACUGCAGUCCGAUCAAGAAGGCAGCGAACACGAGGAGAAGCGUCCCAAGGUCAAUCCUAUAUUCCUGUGGGCGCUGCAACGUGAACAGAGGAUCGUGGAGGUACGCUGUGAGGAUUACGAUAAGAGGAAUCGUAUUAAAUUAACUAAAACGGCGCAAGGAUGGCGUUCCAUACCCAGGACCGUGUCGAAUGUCAUGUUCGAGUCGUUGAGUCGUUCCAGGUCCGAGAAGGAAAAUGGUGCGGAGGUUACUCAGCCUGGAGAAUCAAGUGGAUCUGUUCAGACUGGACACCCUGUAGACGGUGUACGAAAUUCUCUACAGAGUGUACAGAGCGUGGAACCCGAUGAGACUGCAAGAAGCAAGACCAGAGAGGAUAUCGCUAGUAUUGAGGUUGCUGAUUCUCGUAUCUCUAGACAUUGUGAUUUCCAUGCACAGGAUCUGAAAUAUGGUCGCAAGGUCGUUAGAUAUACUCGCAAAACAGAGAGGUACCGUCGCGAUUUGGACACUGUCCGUAAGGAUCGAUUGCUACAACCACGCGUCGUUCUGGAACAGCUCCAUCUCUCGCAGCUACCAGAGAGUUCGCAGAGGAGCGUCGACCGCUUAUCUAAACAUGUCCACAAGGAUGUCGAAGAGAUCGAUGAGGAUGAGUCUCCUGUGAGAGAGGAAGAGGAGGCUACGAAUGAUGAGAGUGCAAAACAUCCGGAAGUCGAUAAGGAGGAUUUACAAGAUAUUCUAAAUAUGCUGGACGCUACGGCUUCACCUGCAUUAGCUACUGAUACACCUAGUGCAGAUCUGCCCAGUCCGAACUCCACUAAAACCUGCAACGAAUUCGAAUCCAGUCCGACCAUAGAGAAGGUUAAAGAUACCGAGGAUCCUUCUGUGGAUCUUCAAGGCGAAGUAGAUCAGGACGAAGCGAAUAAUUCCAAUGGAAUUAUUUCAUCUGAUUCAAUCAAGGACGUUAAUGCUGAGAAUUCUGACCUCUUGAACAAGGAGACCAGUCAAGAUUCUCGCGGGAGUGGUGAAUCUAAUAUUAAUGAGAUUAAGAAAGGAGCAGGGAGUGUCCAGGAAAUGGGGGAAGUGGUACGCUCGAAACUAGGGCUGGAAACUGAUCCGAAUCCGGAUGUGGACAAGUCAUUGAACUGUCUUUUAAAAUGGCGCAACGCCAUGGUGAUGACCCCGGCGACAUCAGUGGCGUCGAACAGCGAAUACGCCAGUAGUAACGGGGAAGAAUCCAGUAAGGAUUACAAUGACAGUACGAGGAUUUUGAAAGCCCUGAGAAACACACCAGGAUUAUCCGUCUCUAUAGCGACGAGAGUCCAGAAUCCUGAGGAGUCACGGAACUCGUGUCCCUCGACGAAAUCCUUAAACUCCUCUGUACUCUCCUCUGGAAGAUCAUCGACUGGCCUCAAGUCGUCGACCUCAGAGACGAACGAACGCCCACUUGAAAAGGACGAAAGAAUUCACAAGCCGGUUUCCCCCGGGUCUGUCCCUACGGAGGUAGAGGAUCAACCCCCCGCGGAUGAUCCUUGUAAUAUUCCAGCUAGACAUUUAGCUGGACUCUCUAUUACCAUUCCUAAUUAUCGUUAUAGACCACAGAAUAAUUCUAGCAUUACUAUAACUGCCGCUAAUCGACAUACUGACUCACCUGAAAGCACUGUUAAUAUUCCUAAGGUAGAUCCUACUGGUGAGAAUAGAUCAAUGAAUUUUGAUGAGGUUUCCCAUGUUGAGGAAUUGGAGGAGGAGGAUGACGUAGUGGAAGAGGAGGAAGAUGAUAUAGAGGAAGAAGAAGAUGAGGAUGAGGAUGAAUACCCUGAGGAGGACGAGGACUGCGACUCUCAGGUCUUGGAAGAUCUCAGAAAGCAUAAUGGCUUCGCGCACAAGAAUGGAAUUCCAUGGAGGAAUGGACAUCCUCAGGAUCAGGAAAUGGAGGACAAGAAUUUUCAGAGUUCCAAGAGCAGAAACAGCGAGGCCGUAGCAAAGUCUAACAAGUAUCAGGACCUGGAGCACUUUGAUGAACAAGUCCUUGAAGAAUUAAGAUCACAGGGAACUGUAGUUUCGCCGCAGCCCAGUGGGAUACCAUCAUCCCCAGCUUCUAGAAGACCGUCCUCUGCGUAUCUAGAGAGAUUACUUCCUAGUCCACCUUGUUCAGUAUCUUGCUCCGAAGACGCUAAAAAUGAUCUCACAUUAAAGGGCAUCCUUGCGUCUCCAACACAAUUGGUCGAGGCGACCAGCAGGAGUCACGACUACGAUCGCAUCAAGGAACGAGAAGUCUCUAGGAAUAGUCAAAGAAUGGUCAAUCAGAUGCAGAGACCUCGGUAUGAAGAUGCACGAGGUUCAGGGAGGCCCAUGUCCAGUGGUGACGUUCAUACAAUGUUAUACGGCUCAACAGAUCGUGUCUCCUCCAAGCGACCAAUGUCAGCUGAAUGGACCACAUCAUCCAGACAAAAGAUCCGCGCUGGACCAGACAUGACGUUCUUCAGGAGCAUUCCCAAAAGAAGCAGACACUUCGAGAAGAUCCAGGAUCCUGCGAACGAGCUACGAGAACUGAUAAAGACCUCAGGCCAUCUUAUUCCCGACCCAUUGCUCGUACCAAGAGACUGCUUACCUGCCUUGGCAGCCGCACCCUCUACUGAAAUUCCAAAGCUCUUGGCUUCAAGACCAGAGCUAAGACUACCCGAGGCCCUGACCAGGCCCGAAUUGCUUCGCGAUCCUGAUCUCCUGGUCAUAUCGUUGGUGCAUCUUCAGCACGUCCUGGAUCACGGCGAAGGACCGGUCUCCAGGAGUCAAUUACAAUACCCUGCGCCCCAGGGAAAGGAGUCAAUUGGUGCCCUCACUGGAUCGGUAAACAAUAACGAAAGAACUCAUGGAAAACCAAAGCUAACCUGUAAACCGAUAGGCACCCUAAUGCCAGCCCCAAUUGACCUCUCAAGUAACCGACGCGGUAGUCCUUAUCCUGCCUUGCUGAGGGUGCGCAGCGGAUUAGUAAAGCAGGAACCGGAAGUGACGUCAACAGCGAGUUCGCCGGACGAUUCGCAGCUCUGGCAUCCUCUGUUCGGAAGUCAGAAGAGACAACAGCAGCAGCACCAUGCAUCCUGGCACAGGACCACCCUGGCGUCCUGACAUGCGUGAUCUCGAUCCUGAUCCCGUGCUCGACCUCCACUUUGAUCCUGGGGUAUUGGAUACCUUUUGCGAUCUGCGGUCUUUUCUACCAAGUAGAAGGACCCGGGCUCGACUUCGGGUAGCAGGAUUGACGGCUAGUGCAAUUCGUGAGGCGACAUCCUGAUGCAGCCAGGAUUUUUGAAGUAUGAUUCGACAGGAAGAGAAUCCUCGCGAGGGUCUUCCUGUUAACAUCCUGGAUUGUGGUGUUGUCCGAACGAGCCCCUAAGUCAUUAAGACUCAUUAAUCCUAUGUUUCUCUUUACUUAACCUGAAAAAGGAUAGAUGAAAAAUAUAUUGAUAGAUUUAAAGACUCACGUCUUGGGACUUGCGUGCAAUAGGCGUUCGCCGCGUCGAAAGCAUUUUUUUCGUUUUCUAAAAAUAAUUUUUUAAUGAGAAAAGUAAAAUGGUGGACAUGAGAAUAUGGCAAGUGACGCGACGUUCGAUAGGUGCUAUUCGGUAGCUUAAAAUUAUGGGAAUGUGUGAUGUGAGAUAUAGAGGUAUGGAAAGAGAAGGACGUGUGAAGGAAUAGAAUUCCAAAAGAAAUUAAAGAGACAGAUAAACGGAAAUGUGUAGAUAGACUUCUUACGAUUAGAUAGGAAAAAUGUUAUAUACUUUGGCUGUUGCAAGAAAAAGUGAAUCAAUCAACGUUUAGUUCUUCCUCUGGAAAUUACAAGACACCCAAAACUAGUACUCCAGCACUUUCUCACGGCUCGUGAAAGAGAAUUUUUUUUUUUACACAGUACGGAAAGGCAAAUGCCUAAAGAAAAAUUAAAUAAAUUAACAUCAGACACAACGACGGACGCCUUGCAGUUUCUUUUCGAAAUGGCGUUCAGCGGCUUCUUGUCAUUGCGUUCGACAUCAUGAGAUCACGAAAUCACAUAACCUUACUGUCAUUCAUUAAUCCUUUGGUAAUCGAUGACUCGCUCGCAUCCGGUACAAAUUUGUACUUGUUUAUUUAUUGUAAAAUCGGCUGUAAGAUCGCGAGUGACAGAAACACAUUAAUUGCACGAACUAACGAUUAAUCAUUAACGAUUGUGAGGAUACGCGAGGUUUUUAUCGAACUUGACUGUUUAGCCUCUAGAUUCUAUUAGUUAUGUAAGAACGAUUGAAACAUUAUUUUGUUGAUAUAUACAUAAAUAUAUAUAUAUAUAUGAUAUUGAUUAUAAAUCAUAAAUUAACCUGUAAAUAUACAAGACCAAACAGUGA